UGAGCUUUUCUUUCCUACUUGUGAAGUCUCGCAAACUGCGGAGUUGCUAUUGCGACCACGUACCGUUUUAUCGAUAUCCACUUUGGGCCGCUACCUGUCGAGAUAUCUAGAAUUUGCUGAGGAGUAACAUGCGGAAACGUGUAAGGAUUUGAUAUCCUCUGAUUUAUAAUAUAAAAGGGUAAAAAAUAUAAAUAAUGGGUAAUACAGAGAGUAACGUGACGAGUGGUGUGAAGAAGCAGGCGGGAACUUCGCUGCAGAAGUUGUAUAAACUGAUUGACCUGAAAGGUGGAGGUCUAUUGGUAGACAUGAUGAAGAGAGCAGUGCAGAACAAGCAGUACGCAGAAAUAGACCACGCGAUCAAAACCAAAGUGGAGCCCUUUCUGUACAACAAGGGAAAGGGGAAAUACAUCCCCAUAUCACAUCUUGUGCUGUUGAGGAAUAAAGAAAGACCUAGGCAUAAACUGUUGCCCCCUCUCCGGGGCUUCGAGAACCCGGACGAAGAGUUCGACGUGGACAAGGACUGGCCCGAGGUGUCGCAGGAGGAAUACGACGCCAACCCCUCAGCCUAUCGGGAACUGUGCUGGGACCUCAAGGAGCGCGGAGCAGUAGGCGAAACGAUCCUGCACCUGUGUCUACUGAACGCCACGUCGCUCCUAGCAGACCUCGCCAAGCGCCUGCUGCGCUUCUACCCCAAGCUCAUCAACGAGAUCUACAUGAGCGAUGAGUACUAUGGGGAGAGCGUCCUCCACAUGGCCAUAGUGAACGAGGACCCGACGAUGGUAAAGUUCCUGCUGGACGCCGGCGCCGACUUCCACGAGCGCUGCUGCGGCAACUUCAUGUGCCCCGAGGACCAGAAGGCGUCGCGCACCGACUCUGUGUUACACGAGUGGGUCAACGUGCAGAAGGACACUAAUUAUAUCGGCUACGUGUACUGGGGCGAGUACCCGCUGAGCUUCGCGGCGUGCCUGGGGCAGGAGGAGUGCUACCGGCUGAUCCUGGCGCGCGGCGCCGACCCGGACAAGCAGGACACUAACGGGAACACUGUGCUGCACAUGCUGGUGAUCUAUGAGAAGACGACAACCUUUGACAUGGCAUAUGAAGUGGGCGCCUCCUUGUACAUCCGCAAUGCUCUCAACCUGACUCCCCUGACACUGGCCGCUAAACUGGCGAGGACUGAACUCUUCUUCCACAUUUUGAAUAUCGAACGGGAAAUUUACUGGCAGAUUGGAGCCACUACCUGUGCCGCCUACCCAUUGGGGCAGGUUGAUACUAUUGAUACGGAGACAGGGUUGAUUAGCAAGGAUUCUGCUCUGAACUUGGUCGUUUUUGGGGAAAAAGACGAGCAUCUAGAGCUACUAGAAGGAAUGCUGAUCGACCUCCUAAAAACAAAAUGGAACACGUUUGUAAAGUUCCGAUUCUACCGUCAAUUCAUUCUGUUCUCGUGCUACUUCCUGGUGUCUCUGGUGUGCUUUACGCUGCGCCCGGGGCCUCCCCCAGAGAGGGCCGUCAACGGCACCGCCCUCAACUCCACACUCACGGCCAAUGACACGGAGCUGGUGACAGAAUCACGUAAUCGGAGCAGUUUCUAUAAUAGAUUUCUAAAAAACUGUACGCUUACAAUAAACGGAAUCCAGUUCGAUCCUGGAUCAGUUGAAAUCUUAGGAGAAGGUAAAAUAGAAGGACCGAAAUGCGGCCGAUUCAAAAGCCAUCCCAGUAAUAAAGACAAAAUUAUACCGACGGAACAAUCAGACAAUGAUAUGGAAGACUGGUGGGAGGACCUUCAAGAAGAAUGCAGACUCAUGAACUUUGACUCGCCACAAGCAAAGGUCCGAAUCUUCGCUGAGCUAGUUUUAUUUCUGGGCGCGCUGGCCUACAUCGGCGCGGCAUUGCGUGAAGCCAGAUUCUUGGGCUUGAAGAUGUUUAUUGAGAACCUCAGCACUGUGCCGUCGAGGGUGAUGUUUCUGUUCUCGUGCCUGCUGAUGACGGCGCUGCCGACGCUGCGGCUGUGGUGCGCCGAGGAGGCGGAGGACCACCUCGCCGUCAUCAUCAUGCUGACUACCGCACCCUACUUCCUGUUCUUCUGCAGAGGUUUCAAAACGGUUGGUCCCUUCGUGGUGAUGAUCUACCGCAUGGUGAUGGGAGAUCUCUUGCGAUUCGUUUGCAUCUAUCUCGUCUUUGUCAUGGGAUUUUCUCAGGCAUACUACGUGAUCUUCCUGUCGUUCGACAACCCGAACACCCCGGAGGGCGUGGACGACUCCAUCUCCAACCCGAUGCCGUCGCCCAUGGAGAGCAUCAUGGCCAUGUUCCUCAUGUCCCUGACUUCGUUCAGCGACUAUUAUACGGCUUUCGACCGCACCGACCAUGAGAUUGAAGCCAAGCUUCUCUUCGUAAUCUACAUGAUCAUCGUCGCAGUUCUCCUAGUCAAUAUGUUGAUCGCCAUGAUGGGCAACACCUACCAGAAGAUAGCGGAGACCCGCAACGAGUGGCAGCGGCAGUGGGCGCGCAUAGUGCUGGUGGUGGAACGCGGGGUGCCGCCGGCCCAGAGACUCAAACAGCUGCUCGCCUACAGCCAAUCCAUGGCCAAUGGGAAGAGGGCACUAGUGCUGAGGAUCAAUCAGAAGAGCGAGGAGAAAGAAGAGAUGAAAGAGAUAAUGGAGAUGAAGAGAACCCACGAGAAGAUCGUGGCCAAGCGGAGGCAGCGGGAGGAGCAGCUGCGCGGGGGGGGCCGCGCGCCCCCGCCCCCAGCCAGGGACUACCCGCUGAAGAAGGCCAACCCCAUAUUGAAGUGAUGGGCUAAUUCUGUAGCGUCUUAAAUGCAUUCGGGCUGGUCCUCAAUUCCCAGACACGC